AUGCUCGCCAACGGCUGGGCCAACAAUGGUACUUUGGGACCAGGAGAGACCAUCAUCGUCGAUGGCGCAAAGCGCGAUCGCGCCGUCUGGCCAGGCGACAUGGGCAUUGCCGUCCCUUCAACUUUUGUCAGCACUGGAGAUCUCGAGAGCGUGAAGAAUGCAUUGCAAGUCAUGUUUGACUACCAGAAUCCAGAUGGCUCGUUUCCGGAAGCUGGACCGCCGUUAUUGCAGCAGAAUAGCGAUACGUACCAUAUGUGGACGAUGAUCGGGACGUACAACUACAUGCUCUACACGAACGAUGCAGCCUUUGUGCAGAAGAAUUGGGCGAGGUACAAGAGAGCUAUGGAGUAUGUGUAUGCUAAAGUCGAGGUGGAUGGAUCUGGGUUGUUCAAUCAGACGGGCACGAGGGACUGGGCGCGCUGGCAGACUGGCUUCAACAACACCGAAGCGAACGUCAUUUUGUAUCAUACACUGCAGACCGGUGCGAAGCUCGCAACAUGGCUGAACGACACCGCGAUGACCAACGGCACUAGUCUACCGGAACCGUGGACAUCCCGCGCCACGUGUCUUCAAUCAGCAAUCCUAACCCACACCUUCGACAGCGCCUACGGCGCAUUCCGCGACAACGCCACACUCACCACUCUCCACCCCCAAGACGCAAACAGCAUGGCCCUCCUCUUCUCCCUCGUCUCUCCUUCCUCCGCCCAGGCCCAGUCCAUCUCCACCGCGUUGACGAAAAACUGGACGCCCAUCGGCGCCGAAACACCAGAACUCCCCGGCAACAUAUCCCCAUUCAUCUCCUCCUUUGAAAUCCAGAGCCAUUUCACCGUCGGUCAGACAGAUCGUGCGCUGGAAUUGAUUCGCAGGAGUUGGGGCUGGUAUGCUAAUCACCCCAACGGCACGGGUGGAAGCACGACGACUGGUAUGGAGGUGAAUUAUGAAGCUAGCCUCGAAGAACUGAUGAUCAAGACUUACGAUUUUCACGACUCUGGUUCUGAGGAGAUUCAUUACUCUGAUAUUACUUCCUGGAUUCUAAGAAUUUUCGACACAGUCGCGUCAGUAGAUGUACAGGGAAAAGUCGUGUGGUACUGGCACAUGAACGAGAUCAUGCACAAGCUGGACGCGGACGUAAUCAAAGGAUUCGAUUCGCUCGAGACUCUCCACGGCAAGAAAGAGCGGGCAUUGACCUUCCAGACAAUUUGUUGGAUCGUUGGCGGAUAUGGAGUUGAUCUUUUCUCGCCUGUCGAAGGAAGCACUCCUCUGGAUACCACGACGACGAUGUAG